UAAAAUAUGAAAUGGCAACAGUGUGGGCUACUGAUUGGCAGGACAACAAGCAGGAAUUUGAAAAUAUGAAAAUUAGUGAAUAGUGAAUUGCUCUAGUGGGGAGUUCUGUUUAUAUUCACAAAAUAAAGUAAAUAAUUAUGAGCUCGGAAAAUAUAACACCUCUCUUGGAUUCGAAGAAAUGCAUUAUAGUUUUAUUGGAUGUUGCAGGUACAACUACUUCCAAUACGUUUUUGAAGGAUACCCUGUUUGCUUAUAUAUUGAAGCAAGCUAAAGAAUAUUUGAAAAAAUCAUGGGAAGAUGAAGACGUGAAAGAAGCAAUAAGGCUUAUUCUCAAAAAUGAUGCAGUCGAUAUUGAAGAAACUGUUAGAAUUAUCAAAGAAUUGACAGAAAAAAACAGUGAUAAUAAAGGACUGAAGACUCUACAAGGAUUGAUUUCCAAAAAAGGCUAUGAAAGUGGAAACCUUAAAUCCCAUGUAUUCUCCGAUGUUCCUGCCUGCCUCAAAUCUUGGUCUGAAUCUCGAAAAGUUGCCAUAUACUCGACAGGCAGUGUAGAGGCUCAAAAACUUCUCUUCGCCCAUACAUCAAAAGGAGACCUCUCAAACUAUAUCUCAAAGUAUUUUGAUCAAAGUGUUGGUAACAAAACCGAAUCGGCAAGCUAUGAGAAAAUUGCCAAAGAAUUGGGAGUCAAACCUGAAGAAAUCGUUUUUAUUACAGAUAAUGUCAAAGAGGCCAAGGCUGCAAAAUCAGCAGGCCUAGUUGCAACUGUCAUCAGACGUGAAGGAAAUGACCCUUUACCAGCAGAAGAUUCUAAAGAGUUUCCAAUAAUCUCCAGCUUUGAAGACGUAUUACUUGACAAACCUGUGAAGCGCAAAGAAGUGGAUGAGCCUGUUUCUAAGGAGAUGCCUUCAAGUAAAAACAGAAAACUCGAGUAGAUAUUUCACUUUCAUGAUAUUUUUCAUUUUAGAAUGGGAUAUUUGGAAAUAUUUUAUUUCUGGGGUAGAUUUUCAACUAGAUUAGAAUAUUCAGUACUUGAAUUUGGGUAUGACUGAUUUUGCAGUUUCAUCAGUUUUAAAGUUUGUAGCUGGAUUUUCUCAAAUGUUACUGGUGCUACUAUCAACUGUGAUAAAAUCCAAAAUAUUCCUAUGUGGUAUAACUAACUCAACACUUCGAUUUCAGUUUUAAGUAACUUAGAAUUGUCUCAGCAAAAGAAGUGAAAUAUUUUAUCUCUAUCCACCAUAUAAUAGUAGAAUACAUCAAAAACAUUUGUUCCUUUUAUAUUUUAAUUAAAUUGAUGUAUAUGUGACAAAUGAAGCAUUCAAGAUUAUGUUUUACCAUAUUGUGAUUUCUCGAGAUUGUUGAGGGUCAUCUGUUUGUCUUUCGACUUUUCAUUGCUUGUUUUUCAAAACAAUCAAAGAUUAAAUCAACAAUCCUGAGAAAAAAUAAUAACAGGACUGCUACUGUGUCACUUUAGAUUUGUGAGAAGGUGGUUUUAUCUAUAUAAGUUUGUUAAAUUUUUUAAUUGUUUUUAUUAUCCAAUGUAAAUAGAAUGAAAUUGUGGUUUUGA